UCCACUUCGCCUCUUCCCCCCUCCCACCCCCCCUUCUGCCUCGUCUCGUCCUCUCGUCACCUACUAGUAUGUAUCUUGCCGACUGUCCCCGGGGAGGAUUCCCUUCUUCUUUCCCGUGCCACUAGGCAACGAACCACACGGAGAGUCGAGUGACCGUUGUGACCGGAUUGCUUCCGUCUGUCAUACGACAUUCGAGAUCGUUGUGCUGAUAGCAAACAUCUCCUUAGGCUCGUCUGCGUGCCCACGCAUAUUCGCGCGUAUCCGUCGCCGAUGCUUGGCCCGCUCUAGGUUCUACCAUAUCCCUCUCACGACAACGGACGAAACCACGCGGCAUUGGCUCCAUGGGCGCUUCUUCUACCUUCGAAAUUCUGCCAACCCUCGUCUGAAGCGACUGGCCUGUCCCGACGCUAUCUCUGGAUUGUCUCGUCACAUUCCCCGGAAAGCACCACAGUCGGGUUGCGGAGUCUUCGGGACCCCUCGGUCCACCAGUCGUCAAGAUGGAGUCUUUCAUCCAUGUGGCCGCCUGGUCGCAGCACCGGAGCCCGAGCCCUGCUCCGCAACGUACCUUUGGCCACUUUAGGUCUCUAUCCACCAUGUCGCCGUCUUCUGUUACUCGUUCAAGAUCGCCGGGAAAGUCGCAGUCCUCGUCAAAUAUAUUCUCCGAUAUGAUGAUCCCGCCCGGUUUGAAUGUUCACGAUUCACCUCAGCCUAAGAGGAGGUUGUCGCACACUUCCCUCAUGGAGGACCAGGAUCACAGUACCAUACCCGACCCUCGGAUACGUGUCGUCGCCCCCACUGACGGCGAGGGCCCAGUCCAACCGCCUCACCACCCCGAUUUGGACCAAGAAGUCGCCACGCUCAGCACUAAGCUCAUCAAUGCGAUCAACCACCAAACUAAUCUGGAUGACACGCUUUCGGCGACGAGACAGGAUUUAGAGGCUGCUCGCGGGCGGAUUCGGGAGCUAGAAGAUGUGGUGGCACGACAACAGGAAACCCUCUCCGGCGACGUCUGGGUGAAGCGCUCAGCUGUCGAGAUAGAGAAGGGUAAGCUACUUGCGCGCAUCGCUGAGGAGAAGCGGUUGCGCGGCGAGGUCGAGAAGGACAAGAGAAAGAUCGAGCAGGAGCUCGAAACAUUAACCGUCUCCCUGUUCGAGGAGGCGAACAGGAUGGUGAUCACGGCGAAGGAGGAAGCAAAGAAGGAACAGGAUGCCCUCCAUCGGAAAAACGAGCAGUUGAAAGCACAACUAGCCGAUACCGAAGGCCUCUUAAAGUCUCAACAGGAGCAAUUGACAGAGCUGAAGGUCGUCAUGGAACAAAUCACCUCUGAGCGCGAUGACUACACCGGCACCGCGCCCUCAACGCCCGAGAUGAGUAAAUUCGAUCCGAGGGAAGAGGAGAUGCAGAUAUCCGAUGGAAGCUCGAACUCUGGCGGCAUGGAACCGUUGCCCCCCACCUACCCGACAAAUCUUCAUCACCUUGUCCACCCCGUGCUGAGAACCGAUCUGCCGGCCUACGACGAUUUCCUAUCGCUUAUCCAGACGUCGAAGAGAGUAUCGAGCAGUCGUGCUUCGCCGGGGUCGUAUAGCGGCCUCAACCCUCUUCUUGGUCUGACCGGCACCGGGUAUUACGGACACGCGUCGGUCCCGUCGAAUUCCUCAACAGUAUCUCUAUCUACCGUGGGAACUAGCCCCAACGUCUCCCCGCAAACGCCUAAUACGCCGGCCUCGUCCCUCAGCGUGGGAUCCGCCGCUGUCGCGAUCCCAUUGCCCCCCCUUAAGGAAACCAAAUUCUACAAGAGGGCCCUGACCGAAGAUAUCGAACCGACUCUGCGUCUCGAUCUGGCACCAGGACUCUCCUGGCUUGCCCGUCGGUCCGUGAUUAACGCCAUGACGGAGGGGACACUUGUCGUCGAGCCGGUACCGACGAACACCCCGUUCGCCUCUAUUAGCAAACCGCAAUUCUAUCCUUGCUCCCUUUGCGGUGAAUCGCGUAAGGACGCGUCUCGCCUGCGUAACCAUCGUUUCCGGACAAGUGAAUCGGAUUCCGCCCAACGAUACCCCCUUUGCAAGUAUUGUCUCGACCGUGUCAGGGCAACUUGCGACUUCCUCGGUUUCUUGCGUCUGGUUAAGGAUGGGCACUGGCGCGCAGACGACGCCGACUCUGAGCGAGUUGCCUGGGAAGAGAGCGUUAAACUGCGUGAUCAAAUGUUCUGGAGUCGCAUCGGAGGGGGCGUCGUUCCUGUGAUGCACCACCACGGACGCUUCGGUAGCAUUAGCGAGAGAUCUACCCGGAUCAGCCAAUAUGGGAACAGCCCUUCGACAGACGGCAGUAAGACGGACGGAGUUGAAGGGCCGCCCAAAGGUCCCCGCGAAUCCACGAUCACGCUGAAACAGAAUAAAGUCUUGGUGGGCGACGAGCAACCAAAACUUCCAACCUUGAACUUCUCCGACGGUCAGACUAUCGACUUGGCGGCAAACGAGUCUGUCACGACUAUCGAUGCCAGAGACUCGGCUCGACAUGCGAACGCCACCGACGCCACCGACGCCGAAGCAAGCAAAGACCAGGAUCAAUCGCUUUCGCUUACGAUUCCCGCCACUUUAGACGAGCAGGCGUCUGUAUAAUUAUCGACGCCCGAAUCAUACCCAACCUUAAUAACCAACCUCCCUCUUUCGCUUCCACGGGCUACAACCUUUUUCUCAUAGACAUUUUUAUUGUAUACGCGCGGUACAUAUUUCGCAGCGCUGGGGCAUAGAGCAUCAUGUAUAAUACGGAAGUUAUCGAAACCAGCUACGAUUGGCGGCCUCGGGCGAACGGGUCGGGCUGGCAUUGGUGCAUUCAGCGGAUCGGCGUUGCCUGGUUGUCGAUUUGGUUUGUCCGUCUUGGGUGACGGCAAGUAGAGAGAGCCUCAAGGGUAUAAGGGACUCGACUCGAGGAACUUGGAUGGUAUCUGGCAUUCUCGGGUCCGGGAGGGAAUGCAUGGCGGGCUUGGAAGAAGGUUCCGCACUGCCUGGGAUUCGCGCUCUGGGACGACUGGGGGGGGGGCCGGGGAGGCCCGAAGCCUGGGCAAUCACAUAAUAGGAAGGACCGCAAAUACGAUACCGCGCCUAAAUGCGACAGUGAAGAGCAUCUCGUAGA